AUGUCAAGAAAAUUGGCAGAAGUAACCUCAAAGAAAGCUCCUCAAAAGCCUGUAGUUGAGAUUCGUAUGACAGAAGAUGAAAUAAAAGACUGUAAAGAAGCUUUUGAUAUUUUUGAUAGUGAUAUCUCAGGCACGAUCUACUAUUUGUUAUGUACUUAAUUUCUGAUAGGAAUUCUGGCCUGAAUACUGAUCAGAACGAUAGCUCACACUAUAACGUCACCAGCUGACAUCUUAGCUACUUAGGGACUUGCUGUCCGGUUCCAUCCUCGAUCUUCCAGGUUUCAGAGUCUUUCUCUUCAGUUGUUGCCGAUGGCAUGUGGAAGCUCAUGCCGUUAGAGUACGUAGGUUUGCGACUUGCUCACCACUUGCUUCAUCUCAGCCUUCACUGAUUCUACUCCAGCGUUUUGUCUUGACCCUCUGCAUGACACCUGUUGCCAGAUGCUGCGGUAGGAAAAAGCCCUUUUACUCAGGCACUAUCAACCCGAAAGAAGUCCAAGCUGCUAUAAAUUCACUUGGAGAUGAUCGAACCAAUACCAUUUUCAGACUUUUAGCUGGAAUUGAAGAAUUGGGUGCAGAAAUUGAUUUUGAUGCAUUUCUGGCUCAUAUUAAUGAGAGACUAGGCCAUAGGAAUUCAAAAGAAGGAAUUCAAAGAAUUAUGGAUCUUUUUGAUUCUGAAGGAACUGGGACAAUUACAGUUAAAAAUCUUGCAAGAGUUUCAAGGGAGCUGGGGGAAAGCAUGACUGUUGAGGAGCUGACUGAAGCUAUUGAAAAAGUCUCAACAAAGGGAGCAGAGCUCACCUUUGAUGACUUUUAUAAAGUUAUGACUAAGAAAAUAUAUGGAUAA